AGCUCGCAGCUUGCUGUGCGUGUUGCAUAACCGUACUGCGGGUACUCAGCAGCAGUCAGUGUAGGUCUCCACUCCAUUCAUCGGCUUAGCUCUUCACAAUGGCAGCUCCAAAGAAAGUCUGCAUCGUUGGCUCUGGAAAUUGGGGUUCUGCCAUUGCCAAGAUAGUUGGUGCCAAUGCUGCUCAGAAGCCAACAUUCGACAACACCGUCAAAAUGUGGGUGUUUGAGGAGACUGUGAACGGACGCAAACUGACUGAAAUUAUUAACGCUGAGCAUGAAAAUGUGAAAUACCUUCCUGGGCACAAGCUACCAGCCAAUGUGCUGGCGGUACCAGAUCUAGUGGAAGCUGCUAGCGACGCAGACAUUUUGGUGUUUGUGAUUCCACAUCAGUUUGUUGGGAGAGUGUGCGACACCAUAAAGGGGAAGAUAAAGACUGAAGCACUUGGAAUAUCCCUUAUCAAGGGUGUGGAUGAGGGGCCGGAUGGGCUGAAACUUAUCUCUGAUGUGAUCCAGGAGAAGCUUGGUAUCACUAUGAGCGUGCUGAUGGGAGCCAACAUUGCCAAUGAGGUUGCUGAUGAGAAGUUUUGUGAGACCACCAUUGGAUGUAAGAAUAAAAACCAUGGAGCUCUAUUAAAGGAACUUAUGCAGACAAACAACUUCAGAGUGACUGUAGUCGAGGAGUAUGAUGUGGUGGAAAUCUGUGGGGCCUUGAAGAACAUUGUUGCAGUUGGGGCGGGUUUCUGUGAUGGCCUGGGUUUUGGGGACAACACAAAGGCAGCAGUGAUCAGGUUGGGUCUGAUGGAGAUGAUUGCAUUUGCCCGCAUCUUCUGCACUGCUGGACCCGUGUCCUCUGCAACCUUCCUAGAAAGCUGUGGUGUGGCAGACCUGAUCACAACCUGCUAUGGUGGCCGUAAUCGCAAAGUAGCUGAAGCCUUUGUGAAGACGGGAAAGUCCAUUGAGGAGCUGGAGAAAGAGAUGCUGAACGGUCAGAAGCUGCAGGGACCAGCAACAGCAGCUGAGGUCUAUCUCAUCCUCAAGCACAAAAACCUAAUUGACAAGUUUCCAUUGUUCAAUGCAGUGUAUCAGAUCUGCUAUCAGGGCCAUCCAGUCACAGAGUUCAUAAGCUGUUUGCAGAACCAUCCUGAGCACAUGUAAAAGCUGCAAAGAAACCACGUGCCUUCUGAGAACAUAACCAUGACUCACCUGUUACCUGUCAGAAAAAGAUGGAGGAUGACCAGCAGCUGCACAGCUGUCAUGCAAACUUGAGGCUCCAGGCGGCGAGUUGACAGGUUGCAUAACAUUUGUUUGUUAAGCUCUAGUUUGACAUCUUUGUCCUCUAACAUUCAGUUUCUGACGUCGUUUAAGUGCUUUCUUGUAUUUCCUGACAUUUGCAACUUGAAGGAUGACCGAUGGAAGAUGUUUCUUUCCUCAUGUCAUUGUUGGGUGGAUCUUUUUGCCUUGAUUUUUUUGUUUUUGAUGAAAUCUGGGUGCAUGGUGCCAAGAUGAUACACUACACAGAUUUGACUCCAUCGGAAUCAUAUUGAACACAUUUUUCAAACGAUUUCUUCAGUUUAAUCCUACUGUUAAUUUUUUUGAUACAUCAUGCAUUCAGAUUUCUGCAGGGCCAACAACUCAGGGCAAAGACCUGUUGAAAGCCUUCUGAUGAGGUAAUCAUUGAUAUCUAACAUUUAUGUUGCCGUCCAUUUAAUGCCUGUCCAUGACUGUAAGCUGUCUAAUCAUAGAGUAAUACCUCACUUUUGUUGUCUUUGUAUGAUCAUAAGUGUCUUACAUAAUUCACUAAGAUAUUUCCUGUCUUGUACUGUAUAUUCACAAACUGUAAAUCGCACAGCAACUGUUUUUAAGAAGAAAUGCAAGUGCCUUAGAAAGCACAGUUGCGACAUCUCUAUUGUCUUUUUUGGGGGGGGAGGUCCGACCAAAGACUUGACUAAUUAAGUCCAUCCAUAAUGCCAAUUGUUAUUGUGACCCUGCCUGAUCCCGUCUUCCUCUGUGUUACAGCUAACCUGUGUUUGAAAUGUGUCAACAUUUGUCUGUGAAUAAAUUAAUUCAAGUCAUCAAA